AUGGAAGAGGAAUACGUUGAGGAAUUACACAAGCCAUCAACUGAAGAAGGAGAAGAAGAUUCUGCUUCUGCCGCUGCUUUUGUUGCUUCCCUAGGGAUUGAUUCCAGUGGAAACGAGUGCGAAAUGGUUGGAUUAUCUGAUUUCUUUCUCAAAAUCAGAAACCUGCUUAUUGUAAAUGCGAGUAAACGAACUACCGUAUGCAUCAGUGGCAUGGCGGGUAUUGGUAAGACUACGCUUGCUAAAAAGCUUUUUCACGAUCCUAUAAUCAAAGAAAACUUUGAAUGUCUGGCAUUUGUUAUUGUGGGAAGAAAGUAUAAAUUAGAGGAAAUCUUGCGAGCUAUUAUAGCUCAAGUACAUCUUGAUGGCGAUGAAAUGAUCAUGGGAGAAAGUGUGGAUUUUGAAGAGUAUUUGAAGAGAAUUUUGAGUGGUAGAAGAUAUCUUAUCAUGCUAGAUGAUACUUGGGACCUCAGUUUCUUCCUUGAUCUUAAAUGUGCACUGCCAAAUGAGGAUAAUGGAAGUCGAAUCUUGGUCAUUAGCAGGAAAACUCGAACCAUUGAACCCGGUGUAAGAAAUGGCUAUUCUUUCACAAUGCCUUUUCUUGAUGAAAAGGAGAGUUGGGAUCUUCUAAAGACGAAGGUGUUUGGUGAGGAAGAGUUUCCAUAUCGGUUUAUGAAAGCUGGGAAGAAGAUUGCUAAGAAUUGUGAAGGUCUUCCUCUUUUGAUCCUCGUAGUAACUGCUAAACUCUUGUCCGGAGAGUAG